UUUUGAAUUGGUUGCAGGCGAGGUCGGCGGAUAGUUGCUGAGCCGGUGACCUGGGAACCGACGAUGAAAUCUCCAUAUAUCGGAAUGUGCGUGUGGCCUGUUCCAGAAAAUAAGGAGAUUACGGUGACCCUGUUCCGUGACCAGCGUCAGGAGGAAUACGACAACAAGGACUGGUUCUUUAUCCUGGAGGACGUGAAGGACGGGAAGCGGAAACCUGUUGCUCAGGGUCGGUUAAACCUCAAGGAUUAUGCACGACAAAUACCUCAUCAGGAAAAUCUAAAGGUUAAACUACGACCUCUAAAUAAGAAAGUGACAGCCUGCUACCUUGUGUUUACACUUACUAGCGAGUUUUUAAAGGAAGGGAAGGCUAUGGAUGAUGAUAUGAGAAGUUUGGCGAGCCUGGUCAGUAACUCCACUAUUCCCAACGAUAUUGCGGAUAUGGAGACCCUGGAAGAAGAUGAAGAAGAACAAGAGUCGAGUGAGGUGAAAGUAUCAGUCAGUGAAUUCCAAUCCUUGACCAAAUCAAUCCAGAGUAUGAGUGAGAAAUUAGACAACCUUAACCCAGAACUAGUUCCAGUCCGGACCUUGAUACAACAAGAUGAAUCCUUUACCCGGAGCUCAGCUCCUCAUUCUUCAUCCCAAACCUAUUCAGAUUAUACAAACUCCGAACGGAGAAUCGUCAGUACUUUGGAAACUAUGAACCAAGAAAACAUUAAAUUUAAAGAAACCGAAACUAGUGAAAUUAAAUCCAAUUUUACUUCGCAGUUAAAAUCCUUCAAUCUCAAGGAGACUGAAACCUUUACAGAAUCCAGUAGUUUACUCAAACAAACUAACAGUUCCUCUUCCAGCAAUAAUAUUUCAAUAAUCCCUGUCCGGGCACGGGAUAUGACCCCUGGCAGUGCCCAACCCACCUCAAUAAUCCCUGCCAGGGAAAUGACCCCGGGCAUUUCCUCAACCACCACAAAAAAAGAGGAAAUAUUAAAAACACCCGUUCAGAACCCUCCUGUCGUCAUAUUCUCGUCGACCCCUGCUAAUGACCUAGUUAAUGAUGGUGCCAGGAAUGAUACAAAAACCUGUAAUAACAGAGAAGGAAGUGUUAGCGUAGAGUUCGAAGAGAGUAUUUCCUUUACAGAGGAGAAACUUGAUCCAGCUGACUCCACUAGUCCGGAGUUUACUACCCGUGUUGUAUCCCAGGAGACGAGAACAAGAAAAUUUCAGAAAACCCAAAGCCAAGAAUUGAGAGAUUUUACCCAGGAAUUCCUUCAAUCGACGACAGUUGAUUUCGAUCCAAUGUCGUUCGAGGAUCAUACACCAACCGUUCUACGGAGUUCUAUGCGGAGACCGGAGCUAAGAAAAGAAACUAUAAAAGAGGAACCAGAAAAACCUCCUCCUGACAGGGUUGAGGAGAAAAUAGAGAUUGUUCCUUCACAAUCCUUCCUCAACUCUUUAAACUCCGGGAGCAGCAAGGAAUCUACUCCAGACGAGACUAAACUGUUCCGAACUCCGGGGAGAUUAACUAACUCUGAAACCUCUCCUGUUCCUUUAAGUUCGUUUUCUCAGACUAGUAAACCUGACUCCGGGUCUACGACAGGACAGCAGGACCUGAAACCAGGAUCUGGAGUUAGUUCUGACCUCCUGGAGUGGACAAAAUCUAUUCUUUGUAAUUAUAAGAACGUUAAGGUGACAAACUUUACUUCAAGCUGGAGAAACGGGUUGGCAUUCUGCGCUCUUAUUCACAGCUUCUAUCCGUCCCUCAUUCAAUACUCAGAACUAACAAGCAAUGAUAUUAAAAUCAACUGUAAACUUGCAUUUGAGGCUGGUGAAAAGCUAGGUAUCCCACGGGUUCUUGAACCGGAAAAUAUGGUUAUCAGACGGAUACCUGAUAAACUGGCGGUCAUCACGUACCUUCAUCAGCUCAGAUCUUGUCUAGGAACUGCUGAGACCAAUGCACUCUAUGAGAACUAUAAGAUGAAUGGUGACUCUUUAAGCUUCAGUUCAGGAAUAAGAAAGUCAUUCUCUGAUGGAAAUAUUAAACUCUUUUCUAGAACAAGUUCUACAGAUACUGACCGACCAGCUACAGAUCUUCCUACAGUGAUGGAGGAAGAAAAUGGAGACGUUUCUUCAAAACCGGUUUCUAAAUAUCGCCAGAAGGCCAAGGAUUUAAUGGCGGCGGCCCGGCGGGAAUCAGUUGAAAAAUGUGACUCCAUCAGUCCGGAGAGAGAGAAUACAUCGCCGAAUGUGAUCAUGAGACAAAAAAGUACAACGCCUAAACCGAAGAAGGAUAAUAGAUUAUCGUUUAUCGACAACGAGAUGUCUCUGUUGGACGCCGAGCAACAGGAGAUCGAUCUUCAAGCGGCGAUACUUGACAAACGACUGCGCGAGGUGGCGGAAGAUGAUCAACUUCUUUACGAUGCUUUACUGCAGCAAUGGUUUACUCUAGUCAACAAGAAAAAUGCUCUCCUAAGGCGGCAGAUGCAGUUAAAUAUUCUGGAGAAGGAAGACGAUCUUCAGAAGAAAUCAAACAUGCUUCAGGAGGAAUUAAGAAAAUACUCUGAUAUGGAGGAAAGAAGGAAAACAGACGAAGACCGACAAAGAGAAGAGUUAUUACUUCAGGAGCUGGUUUUGGUUGUGAACCAGCGGAAUGAGUUGGUUCAGCAGCGGGACGAGGAGGAGAGGAUGAUCGACAACGACGAGCAAAUUGAGCAGGACGUCACGUUAGCGGAGGACAGGCUCGUUCAGAACAGGGGUAGGGACGACUGCAAGAUGCAGUAGAAAUGACGAGAUCUGUGGUCAGACGAAUUUCGACAUGUUAUUCAUUCUGUAGAUAUUUGUUUUUCUUGGAAAUAUUCAAUUGUUGCGCGCGAGUAAUACCAUACAGUAAUAACUAGAAAACAGUGGAAUGAUUGCCGUUUUCUCUCUUUCUUCUAAUGAUGAAAUAUUGCUAUGGAUUUUGUAAUUUCUAACUGAUUUUUUCACACAAAAAGAAACAUUUCAAAAAUAAGUCUUUUAUAAGAUUUAUUUAGGUUACAACAUUAUCCACAAAUUUUGAGUUUUAGAAGAAAAAACGAAAAAUGCACAGUGUACUAUACACUGUACAGUGUAUAGUACACUGUAUACUGUACAGUGUUACAAUGUUUAUUAUCCACUGUCCAGUCCAAUUUCUAUAGAGUUCUAUAUUAAAUGAACGCUAUGGGACAACCAGGGUUUCAAAUUUCUUUCGGAUUAAUUUGGUUCCGUCAUAUCCUUAGGUAGUGAUAAGGAUCCAUUUGAUUUUGAUGCGGAUCCGGACCCUGGAUUCGCACUAAAAAAAUAAAAUGAUCCUGAUCCGGGGCAUGAACAUUUUUUUAUUUAAUUAUCUGGUAACUGAAGAAGAAUUGUAAACAGUUCAGAUUUGGGCUGUGAAAGGUAAACUUUUUUUUGAAGUUUUUUUUUGAUAUUUUGACCGUUGGUGCCAGAACCUUGAAUACGGUUCCCGGAAGCCAAAAUGUAAAGUAUUGGAUCCAACGGAUCCGGAUAUUAAGCACUGACCUUACGAAACCUUUGCUAAAGCUGUUAAAACUGAUAUACCAUUUAAAGGUUUUGCAAACUAUGGACGGAACCUUCCUUAACAAAAUAGAUUUAUAAGAAAUAUGACAACCGAGGGGCUCCUGUUGUACACGUACACUAGAAGUGAACAACAUGUUUUGGGAACCCUGAUCAUGUAAAGAAACAGGAACCUGGAACACAGACAUGUGAAGGGCAUCCUUUACGACGUACAUACAGUGUAAAAUGUACAUUGUACAUGUACAUGGAGUAAAUUUAAUUUUCUGUGAUUUCAAGUAAAUUGUUAAUAUAACUAUACAUUAACUACGCCAGUGAGCUGGGGUUAAAGAAAUUAUUAUUGUGUGGCAUUCGGGCAUUAGGCACUCAUUUUGAUUAUUUUGAACAAUUUUAUGAUAUUUCAAAAUAGACCAAAGAACAAAUUAGGAAAGUUGCACAUUAUAAUUAACAAAUUUAUAGUUGCACAUGUUUUGUGUAACUUGAGUGUAAACACACUUUUAAUCUGUGGUGUUGGAAACAGAUUGCCUAAAUUUUAUUCCACUUAAAAGGGACUGUCAAUGAAACUUCCGCUGAACUUUCAUUUUAGAAAUCCAAUAUUCGAUUUUAAAGUGACUCGUGAAUAUCUGCAAAACAUGGCAAGAAAGUGUAAGAGAUUUGUUUCUUUUCAUUUAAAUUAGAGGUUCAAGGGAUACUGAUGUGAAUCGUUUAUUGUAGUUGUAAAAUGAAAGGUCAAGUACAAUGCCGCUGACAAUCCUUUUCUCAUAAAUGCCAUAAACUCUCAUCUUUUAGAUGUUAUUAACGCGUCCAGGCCAUUCUUUCCCGCAUAGACUGCUUGAACAGAAUAGUUUUAGAAAAAGACAAAAUUUAUGAAUUAUACUUAUUUAUUUUAUUUCAUGUUUUGAAAUACUUGUAUUGGAUAAUGUACUGUAGUGCUAUUCUCAAUACAGGGGAUAUUAGCUUUAGAACUAAUGUACCCUGCAAUAACAAUAGUUUUCCUUUAAACCUCUGGUGUAAUCUGAUCUUUAUACAGACUUACUAACGCUCUUAUUUUGCUUGCCUGGGUAUAAAAUAUUUAAAUAUAUAUAUAUAUAUAUGUUAUAAAAUGAUUGGAAGCAGAAUGCAAUAUAUUGCUUGUCUGAAAG